CUUUCCCCCACUCUCUCACACUGCAUCUCUUUCAAUCUCUCACUCGUGUUCUAUCUUUUACUAUGAAGAAGGGGAGGAAAGUGAAGCAGGGUAGGGACCUGCAACUCAAUGAAAUAUGGACCGUGACCCCCUUCAAUCAAGAGUCUGAGCAUCGUCACCAUGAAUCCGUUGCACUUGCAGAGGACCCACUUUCAAGCCCCCUCUCAAGUCCUCAACCAACGGAUAGAUCUUUCAUACCCAUAGCGCAAUUCAUCAGACAAACCUCACAAAAAUCAUCAAAUCCGAGAGAUCGAAGGCCUUUGAAGCGACCCACCUCUUCUGAUAGACCCCCCACCAUUGAAAACUGUCAAAGUAGUGAUGAAUCUGAGAUGGGUACUUCUGGUGUGGGGGAUAGUUCUUCUGUUGGUGGUUCUCCCAUCGCUUGUGAAGAGCUUGGCUCUAGCGAUAAGAUCGAGCCCGAGCCCGAGCCUGAGCCAAAGUUUUCUAGUAGUAAGGAAGAUAAUUAUUCAUCAACCCUAGAAGGGAUUGUUAAUAGGUUGAAGGAGCUUUCAAUUGGUUUUGAGGAACCCCAAUUGUCAGAAGACCAGUUAAGAAUCAAUGACCAAGAGCAAGAGGAUGAGUUAUUGGCAUUGGAGGCAAUUUAUGGGGAAGAUGUCUCUUUCAUUGACAGUCAUGGAGAAUUACAUGCACUUCAGAUUCACAUUCACAUUGAAGCUUCUGAUGACUUUUCUAUAUCUGCAAAACUCCAUUCAACCUCAGGAGGAUUUCAUCUUGGAGAAAGUUCUUCAACAAAUGAUGCAAACUUUUUGUACCAAUUCAAAGUUCAGCAUCUCCCUCCAAUUGUUUUGACUUGCUUGUUGCCUCGAUCAUAUCCAAGCCAUCUUCCUCCACAUUUCACACUAUAUGUUCCAUGGUGGAACUCUUCAAGGAUUUCUGAUCUCUGUGGCAUGCUUGACAAAAUCUGGGUGGAGCAACCUGGGCAGGUUGUGAUAUAUCAAUGGGCUGAGUGGCUUCACAGGUCUUCUUUUACCCAUUUGGGAAUCAACAAAGAGGUCACACUAGGUCCAUAUCAUACGUCAAAUGCUGGAGAUGGGCGUGCUCAUUCAGGUUGCACCUCUCCAGAGGUUGAUAUUCCCUUAUUGAUGAGUUACAAUGAUUACAAACGCCGCGAAGAAUUUUGUAAAUCUCUACAUACGUGUACCAUCUGUCUCAAUGAUUGUAUAGGCACAGAAUUCAUCAAAUUACCUUGCCAACACUUUUUCUGCUGCAAAUGCAUGGGGACAUACUCAAACAUGCAUGUGAAUGAAGGGACAGUGAACAAGUUACUCUGCCCUGAUCCAAAAUGUGGAGGUCUUGUCCCUCCUGGACUAUUGAAGCUUAUGUUAGGGGAGGAGGCAUUUGAAAGAUGGGAGUCUUUGUUGCUACAGAAGACUUUAGAUUCCAUGGCUGAUAUAGUGUAUUGCCCAAGAUGUGAAACUGCUUGCUUAGAAGAUGAGGAAAACCAUGCCCAAUGUGCAAAGUGCUUCUUCAGCUUUUGCACUCUUUGUAGGGAACGGCGUCAUGUUGGAGUAACCUGCAUGAGUCCAGAAGAUAAGCUUCGCAUUUUGCAGGAGCGUCAAAAUUUAUCCCACCUAAAGCCCAACCAGAGGCACAAGGAGCUCGAAUUGAUCAAUGACAUUCUGAGUGUUACUAAGAUACUCACUGAUGCAAAACAAUGUCCAUCAUGCAAGAUGGCAAUAUCAAGAGUAGAAGGAUGCAAUAAGAUGGUGUGUCAAAAUUGUGGGCAACUUUUCUGUUACGCAUGUAACACAGCGAUUGAUGGAUAUGGCCACUUUAGUGAAGGAACAUGUACCCUUUUCCCGGAACAAGAAAUUCAAAAUUGGGAGCUCCAGAUGAAUCAUGACCAAGUGAAUGAACAGGGUGGAGAUGUACCGUUGCCUCAUCGUACCCGUCCAUGUCCAAAUUGUGGUCAAGUGAAUGCAAAGGUUGGGAGUAACAAUCACAUAUUUUGUUGGUCAUGCCAAAUCCAUUAUUGCGGUCUGUGCCGUAAGGUUGUGCGACGGUUGUCCCAGCAUUAUGGGCGCAAGGGUUGUAGACAACACUCUUGAGUAUUGAAGCAUUUCUCGCCCUUUCAAACCAAUGAAUCACGCCAUCCAUUUCUCCAGCCCUGUUUGGGCAGACCAAAUCUUAGGAACAGGGCCAAUGUUUUCCCUCCACCCCAUUAGGGAGUGAAAGAUCGCUGCUUUUGAUGUGCUCCAUUCAUGGGCCAACACCCCCUUCCAAUGCCCUGUUUAUCAAGAAAAUGCAGUGAAAACAUCUGUGACCCUGCAAAAAAUGAAGAACCUGUGUUUUCCUCCAUUUAUAAAUUACUUAUUUCCUCUGUAUAGGUAAGACCAUCAAAACAGUACAAGUUUACUGGUGCCGUGUAACGGUUGACGGAUGUCAUUGCAUUGUACCAAAUUGGAUCUGAACCCCCUGUUCACAGGGGCUUUCAAUUCUUUGUGCAAUAAAGUUCGUCAUACUAAAGUUAUAGGUUUUUCUUGUACAAAUAAAAAAGUGUUACUUUCUCU